UCUCCCAGUGAAAGUCAUCCCGGAACCGCGCCUAACGUCACGGCGGUAGCAUAACCCCAAAACGCGCCAAUUUUACCGAAUAACUAGCGUUUCCACAAGUGUCACGCUAAAAUAAAUGUGUUCCACCGCUCGAAAGACACUUAACUCACCCUAGCGGGUCCAAAACCGCCCCAAAAGUGUUUAAUUACCAAACGUGAAAUUUGCGGUUAUGUUAGAGUGCGCGGGAAAUUGAGCCAAGCCAGCAAUGGGUAUUUUGGGCUUAUCGAAACUUCUGGCCGAUGUGGCCCCCCAUGCCAUCCGCGAGGGCGAAAUCAAGCACUAUUUCGGCCGCAAAGUGGCAAUUGACGCCUCAAUGUGUCUCUACCAGUUCCUGAUAGCCGUCCGCAACGAGUCCGGUCAGUUGACCUCAGUCGACGGCGAGACCACCUCUCACCUCCUCGGCACCUUCUACCGCACAAUCCGUCUCAUAGAAAACGGCAUAAAACCCGUUUACGUUUUCGACGGUAAACCCCCCGAAUUAAAAUCAGCCGAGCUCUCCAAGCGCCAAGAGCGCCGCGACGAGGCGCAGAAAGCCCUCGAUAAAGCCACCGAGCUGGGGGACGCCACAGAAGUGGACAAAUUCAACCGGCGCUUGGUCAAAGUGACGCGCCACCACGCCGACGAGGCCAAACAACUACUCACCUUGAUGGGGGUUCCGUAUAUUGAGGCCCCCUGUGAGGCGGAGGCCCAGUGCGCGGCUAUGGUCAAAGGGGGGCUGGUCUAUGCCACCGCAACGGAGGAUAUGGACGCGCUGACGUUCGGCUCAAAUGUCUUGCUGAGACACUUGACGUUUAGCGAGGCGAGGAAAAUGCCCGUCCAGGAGAUUCAUCUGAGCAAGGUCUUGGAGGGGCUUGAGCUGGACCAGAAGGCGUUCGUGGAUUUAUGUAUUUUGCUGGGGUGCGAUUAUACGGAGAGUAUUAGGGGGAUUGGGCCCAAGAGGGCCAUUGAGUUGAUCAAAAAACACAAAAGUAUUGAAGAAAUUUUGAAAAAUAUCGAUGUGAAAAAGUACCCCCCGCCCGAGAAUUGGAACUACGAGGGGGCCCGACAGCUGUUUGAGGAGCCCGAAGUCAUGGAUGCGGCCAAAAUUGAGUUGAAAUGGACCGACCCUGACGAAGAGGGCAUGGUGAAAUUCCUCUGUGGCGACAAACAAUUCAAUGAGGAACGUGUCCGAAACGGCGUUAAGAAAUUACUAAAAUCACGUUCGACCAGUACUCAGGGCCGGCUCGACGGGUUUUUCACCGUUUUGUCAACAACGCCAGCUAAACGAAAAGCCGAAAACAAGAAAGAAACACCCAAUAAGAAAAAGAAGACUGGUGCAGGUGCCGGCAGAGGGCGUGCUAAACCCAAGUAAUAAUCUCAAAUAUUUAUUUUUAUAAAACUUAAAGAUCUGCCUCAUUCCAUUUUAUUUACUAGUUCUUGUAACAGUGUGUUAUUGCAUGCGAACGUUCGUUUUUUUACGUAAUUUUUUGUUCUGAUCUGGAAGAAUACACAAUAUACUUACAUUAUUUUCA